AAAACCGAAUACCGACAGAAGACUGCUCGAUUAAAUUGGUAGGUGAACUGUUAAUAAUAGUUAUUGUUUUUUCUACAAGUAAUGCCUUUGGUUGACAAAUAGCCGUUCAAAAUACGUGAUACCAAAAUUACCAUUGAGUGCUAUUUUAGUCUUGAUACAAUUUGCAGUUGGGUAAAAAACAAAGGACAUUUUAAUUUAAAUACUGGCAAGCCAAAACUGUCAAUGUCAAAAGUUAAAUCAAUAGGGAAAUGUCAAACUGACAUCGGAAACUAUAGCGACAGAAUUGAAUCAAAGUCAUAUUUGAAAACCGACCGACAGAUCUGGUUGAAUUUAUAUUUAUAAUGGAGCACGGAGAAAUAGUUAUUCAUUAAACAAAUAAAUUAAUGUUGUGACAUGGAGUAACUGACUGUUUUGAGUUACAAAAGUCCUAAUUUUAUCCUGACUAUGACUGAACCAAUUGAAAGGGAUUUCUGGAGGGACACAUGGGUGCGAUACCUAGGGUACGCCAAUGAGGUGGGGGAGUCGUUCCGCGCGCUCGUGCCAGGCAAAGUGGUUCGUUUCAGCUAUGCAGUCGCCUUCGCCUACACCUUCGCCGACACUGCAGACAAAAGUUACAGGAUGUUAAAGAAAGAUGGGCGACCAAAGCGGGUGCUGAUUGAGACGGGAGAUGCGCUGCUGUGGCAGACGCUCGCGUCGGUCGUAAUCCCUGGCUUUGUUAUAAACAGGUUAUGUGCAUACUCUUUGAUAUACAUGUCGCGGUACCCCAAAGUUUCUCGGAAGGCCCGCAACUGGAUGGCAGUGGGCGUGGGGCUGGCCUCCAUCCCCUUCAUCGUGCACCCCAUAGACUCGGGCACCACCAUGCUCAUGGACGUGACGUACCGCCGCUGGGUGAAGAAUGAACUGUAAGAACGGAAACGCACUUGGACAUAGUCGAUGUGCUAAUUAUAUUAACUUUAGGACUCCUUACUUGAGUGUCAAACUCCGUAAGAGAUUAAUUUAAUGUCGUUCCUAUACAAAACUAGGAUUAAAAUGAAACGUUAAUCCUGAAUGGAAGAUUUGAUAUAGUUGGGUGAAGGUUGGUGUAGUCGAAGUGUAAGCUUCUCAGGCUGGCCCCAGGCAUGUGCCUUGCAGGCAAAUGCAGAUUACAUAAUAUACUUCCAAUAAUACUCAGAAUCUCACAGUAAAAUGUACUAUUUUCUGGCAAUUUUAGCAAAAAGUUUACAUGUCUGGGACUGGUAUACAAGUUAUUUAGAUAAUAGAGGUUACCAAUGAAAAAUGCUCUCGCCAAUUAUUUUAUCUUAGAUAAAAACGUAGAUGUUUAUUUAGACAGAUAGCAAAUUAAUUUUAGUAUUAAGCUUUGAGAUGCACCAAAUUAGAUUUUAAUUGAAUUGUAGAAUGUGAUUUCAAUGACUUAUUGGUUUAGGGCAGAGCUAAGCGCACCGCACCGCACUCUGACACAAACUUAUCCGCCAUUUUGGACUUUAACGUUAACUGAGUACAACGCCAUCUGUGCCAAACUUGCUGUACUAUUACGGUUCGAGUGAGCUGCGCUGCGAUAUGACUAUGUAAAGCUCUGCUACUUCAGUUAUUACUUCACACUAUCGUUUCUCAAGCGCACGCGUUUACUGAACGUAUGCGCGGCGCGGACUAUUACGCGAAAACUACGUCGCGUCGUCUUCACAGUUCACAAUAGUUGCGUUCUAGUAUUGGAAAAUAUCUCUCUUCUAACCUAGGUUUUAAAGAGAGGAAGCCCACGUGUCGCGAGACCAUAACUGGACGUGGCGAUAGACAUUAACUACGUCCAGAAAAACUAACUUAAAAUAAAUAUCUACUUAAAUCAUUCGCACCAUUCUAGAACGCAAAUAACACCACACUUGUUCCAAAAAUAUCAUGAAAUAUACAAUGUUUUAUCAAAUAUUCAUAGAAUCUGAAAUAUUAAGCCGAAGUCUAAGAAAUCAUGUACUAUACAAAUUCUAAAACGUACAAUUAGAAAACGUAUAACGAAAUUGUUCAGCGUUCUUUGUGAAAGGACAUUUUAUAGUGUUGUUUAUAGAUUUACCUUACUACAUAGACUAGAUCUUAGUAUGAGAUUCACAAACAGGUAUCUGCAUGCAAAUAUAGACUUUAUUUGUAGGUGAAUAACGUCGUUUUUCUACAUCUGUAUCUACGUCGCAUACGAAUUUGAUCUCUAUGACAAUGUUUUAAAGUUUAUAUUCGUGUGGGUAUGUUGAGUGUAGUUGAAGUCCUGUUUGUGAGUUCCCGGUCAGUAUUAUUAUGUACAGAAACAGUUGCGAAGCUUUGCUAUAGUUUGAAUCUUGAAGGACGAUGGGUCUGUAAAGUGUCCUUAAAAUAAGCGAAAUAUUACAAAUAAGUACAUUUGGAGGGCAUUUCAAAUUGUAUACAUAGUUGUGAAGUCAUGUUCAAUGUAAAUUAUGUGCAGAAGUAUUAUGAAUCCUAGUUGGAUUUAGUUGCGUUUUACUAAAAAGUAAUUUUGAUUUGAUCUGUGGUACUUUAUACUGUGCGAUGUGUAUGAGCUCUUAAUCCUUAUAAAUUCUUGAACCAAUUGUCAAUUAAUAAUAAUACAUUAAUGUAUAAGUUCGCCUUAUAGACGAUGAUAAUAAUGAGUUACUUGAAAACAAGUUGAUUAUUGAAAAUGAACGCUUUUUGUUGUAACAUAUCACAGAUCAGUGUUAAUUUAAAUGGGCUUAUAGUCGGUUGGUCGAAUGACCUUCUCUUUCCUUUGAAGAUCUCGUAACGGCGUAAACACCCAAGUUUUUAAACUUUUUAAGAAAGCAGUUGCUUAUGCCUGACAUUGUUGUAAAAAGUGACUUUAUAAAAGUUCCUAAAUAAUAAACGCAAUUAGAUCUAACUGUGCACGAUAAACCAAAAUAAACGCUUAAAUAUACGUUAAUAGGCUGUGAUAAACGAUUCCAAAGUAUAAAGAAAUAUUUAUUUUGACCAUCUCCUUAGUAUAUUAUGACAAAUGUCUUUGAUUAACUAGUGAUCUUUCUUAGUUGACUAAAAGUAUUCUUAGGUAUUUAUUUGUUCAUUUAUAGAUCUUGUUGACUGUUUAAUAAAAUCUGAUUUAUUUAGAAA